AUGGCGAACAGAUUCUCUGUAUAUGAUGGUGUUCUUGAUGGAGGAUUCAGAAACAGACUGAAACUGGACAAUAAAACUGGAUCUCUGAUCAUCACAGACAUCAGAGCCGAAGAUGCUGGAGUUUAUGAACUGCAGACCAAUCAGAUAAGCACGGCAGUCAUUCUUAAAGUCUCUAAUGAAAUGCGAGUGUGGGCCGAAAAAUCAGUCACUCUGAGCUCUGGUGUAACUAGACUGAGGAAUGAUGAUCAGAUUCAGUGGAGGUUUGGAGAUAAAGACACUUUAAUAGCUGAAAUCAUUCAACAGACCAACAGAUUCUCUGUAUUUGAUGAUGUUCUUGAUGGGAGAUUCAGAGACAGACUAAAACUGGACAAGAGAACUGGAUCGCUGACCAUCCCGGACACCAGAACUGAACAUGCUGGAGUUUAUAAACUACAGACCAACAAUGAAAUCAACACUGUUAAACUGAAAGUUAGGGCAUUUAAAGAAGUGUCUGUGACAAUGGGAGAUUCAGUCACUCUGAGCUCUGGUGUUACUGAAAUUAUGGAUGAUGAUCAGAUUCAGUGGAGGUUUGGAGAUGAAGACAAUUUAAUAGCAGAAGUCAAUAUAACGACCAUUAAAUUCUCUGUACAUGAUGAUGUUCUUCGUGGAAGAUUCAGAGACAGACUGAAACUGGACAGUAAAACUGGAUCUCUGUCCAUCACAGACACCACUGUUGAAUAUAAAGGAGAUUAUAAACUACAGACCAACUAUAUUGAUUUUACUUUCCGUCUCAUUGUCUGUGAUGACAUAUCAGUGAAGGAGGGAGAUUCAGUCACUCUAAACUCUGAUCUCACUAAACUGAAAAAAUAUGAUCAGAUAGAGUGGAGGUUUGGAGAUGAAGACACUUUAAUAGCUGAAAUCUAUAAACAGACCAACAGAUUCUCUGUAUUUGAUGAUGUUCUUGAUGGGAGAUUCAGAGACAGACUGAAACUGGACAAUAAAACUGGAUCUCUGACCAUCACAGACACCAGAACUGAACAUGCUGGAGUUUAUAAACUAUUGUUCAACUAUAAGAGAGAAAUACAAUUCAUUCUCACUGUCGCUCCUCUGCCUGUUCCUGUCCUCAUCUUCAACUCUUCUCAAUGUUCUUCAUCCUCAUCUUCAUCAGUGCAGUAUUGUUCAGUGCUGUGUUCAGUGGUGAAUGUGAGCGCUGUGAGUCUCUCCUGGUACAAAGGAAACAGUUUAUUGUCCAGCAUCAGUGUGUCUGAUCUCAGCAUCAGUCUCUCUCUACCUCUGGAGGUGGAAUAUCAGGAGAACAACACCUACAGCUGUGUGAUCAACAACACCAUCAGCAACCAGACUCAACAUCUGGACAUCAGUCAACUCUGUCCCACAUGUUCAGACUCUGUUCACUGCUGUGGUCCUACUGAAGCUGCGAUCCGAUUGGUCCUCUCUGCUCUGGUGGGCGUGGCUACUGUCAUUAUUGUGCUUAAUGACAUCAGAUCCAGAAGAGCUCAGAAGAGGGUUGGGGAGAGAUUAUCAUUUGUUUGCGGGCAUCCAAGAGUCUCUACGCAUAUGCAGGAGACUCCCGGAACUUCCGGGAGACUUGGGAUGUCUGGAUAUUAGUGUAUUAAUGUGCCUCA